AAUAAUAAUAAUAAUUUAGAUCAAGAAAAAAAUGAAAAACUCUUCUUUAGUGUUUUCAGAAAUAUAUUUCUCUUUAACUAUAUUAUGAAGUAUAACAGAGUUUUUAAAUUUAAUAAAUUAACUUCUAAAGGAAAUGGAAAUUCUUUUUUUAUAAAUUCUAAUGGAAACCAAAUCUUUACCAAAAGAGAAAUGCUUAAAAGGUAUCAUUCAAUUAACCCAUUGGUUCAACGUGGUCGUAAUAAUUAUUUAAACAACACAACAAAUCCAAUUAAUAAUAAUAAUAAUAAUAAUAAUAAUAAUGAUAAUGAUAAUAAUGAAGAAGAUGAAGAGCUAAAAAAUAUAGUUAGUUUUCAAAUUAUCAAUUAUAGAGAUCAAGUAGGAUCGGUAUGGAGCAAUAUUAAAAUUCCAUUCAAAUCAGAUUUAUUAAUUAAAUUUUCGUUUGAAAUAACAACCGAAACACAUAAUGGAAACGCUGGUGGUGAUGGUUUUGCAUUAGUAUUUCAAGGUGAAGGAAAUCAUAUUACCACAAGUACAAAUCUUGGGGGUGAAUCAAUUGGUUAUUCAGGUUUAAAAGGUUAUUGUGCAGUUGAAUUCGAUACUUACAGGAAUGAGAAUGAACCAAAUGGUAACCAUAUUUCACUUCAAGGUACAAACGAAUCAAAUAUCCUAUCAUCCAACCAUAAAUACUCUUUAGCUUGUAAAUCCCCAACUUUCGAAAUAAAAGAUGGAAAUCUUCAUAAUGUCGAAAUUACUUUUCAUCGAGAAUCAACAUCAAUAUCAGUGGUUGUAGACUCAGUAGAGCUAUUAUCAAAUAUACAUGUCCCAAAUCUGGUAGGUGUCCAAAAUUCAUAUGUUGGGGUAACAGCUGCAUCAGGUUAUUUUUAUUCCCACCACAGAAUUAAUAGUUUAGAAAUC